AUGUCGGCUGCUGUGCUCAAAAAGAUGCUACUGGAAGCGGCAUCAGCGCUUAAAGCCGAACGCUUUCAAGAGGCGGCGGACGCAAGCCGACGUGUAACUCAGUUUGAUCCUAAUAACUAUCAAGCCUUCAUGUGCUUGGGGCUUGCUAGUUUGCAGCUGCAAAAGUGGGAUGACUGUGAGGAAGCGCUUUGCCGCGCAGCAGAUCUCAAGCCAGAUAUGUCAGCACCACGAAAGUAUCUUGUAGAUCUUUUUGAAGCCAAAAUGGAUUUGGAAAGCAAACUCGAUUCGCUUAAAAUGCUUGCUGACAUUAAUUUCAGGAUCAAAAAUUGGAAGAAAUGCCAGAAAUGGAUUGCUGAAUCAGCGACAACAGCGUUAAAGCUGAAGAGAUAUCCAAUGGCUUUUAAAGCAUGGUAUUCGCUAGUUGGUGAGCAAUCAGGAGAUCAAUGCCAGCUGUGUCUGAGCAAAACAUCAAACGAAGAACUCCCGACGGCAUUAGAAAUCUGGUUGAAUUUAGUUGAUUUACUGCAGUACCCAGACUUCAGCUUGACAAGCUGCUAUGAUAGUUACUCAAUGACUGAAAUCUCGCGUCAAUUUAUCGCAACUGCUUCUCAUACAGACUGGACGGCCCAGACCCAAGAAAUUGAGGCUUUACGAAUGCGAAUCGAUGCUGGCAUAGCCUUCUUUAUGCGUUGUCAUCUGAAUGAGUUGAAAAGCGUAGAAGAUAAGGCAGGCCUUUUAAAAUUUAUAGAUGCGUUCGCGGUGUCAGUGUUGAAGCACUUCCCGAAUUCGAAAAUUGCAGCAGAAUACAUGCUUCUCCGAUCGGAAGAUCAGGACACACCUCUCGAGCAAGAAAAGGCCACACAAAUUGCGACUCAGCUGUCUGCAAAUUACCCAAGAAGUCCAAUGGCGCUUGUGUUUCAAGCAAAUGAAUUCCUGCAGAUAGGAGAGAACAACCAGGCUCGUGAAAAGUUUGUCGAAGCACUUGCUGGAUUUUCUUCCUCGGCUUUUCAAGAGAGUGCUCUCUGUGUUCGCGUUCAAAUUGGACUGGCAUCAAUUGCUGUGGAUGCCCAUGAUGUUGAGGAUUGCCUUCGCCGACUAUCGCUGGCAAAACAAGUGGUUGCUGAUAAGAAAAAACUAAUUGGAGUUAAGGGCCUACUACCUACAGUAUAUUCAAAAGCAAAGAUCCACUUCAUGAGGGCGGCUGCACUUGAGUAUUCGGGUGAAUCCGAUAAAGCAAUGGAGCAGUAUCGCAUAGUAAUGAAAUGUGGCGAUGUGAUGUUCACGACGAAAGCUGCGAUUGCAAUAGCAGAGCUUCUUGCAGAAAAUGCUAGGUUACAAGAGGCCCUCGACAUUAUUGACUCGCUCUCGUUAGCUGAAGUAGAGGAUCAGAAGAUGAGCGCUGUUAUCCACUGCGUUCGUGGGUGGCUGCACUUUCAGCUCGGCGAUAAUGGGCAAGCUCAAGCACUGUUAGAGCCAAAUGCUCCCAAAAUGUCAAGUACUGAUGUUGCUGCGAAAGGAAAAGCGCUUAAGCGGUUGGCAAUCGUGUACUGGUAUCUUGGUGGUACUUAUAGAACAGCGAAGACUGGGAGUUUUGGAUAUCUCUUGCAGGCUGCAAAGCUCACGCCAAUGGACGCCGAAAUUUUUUUCUGGCUUGGAAGAUGGUAUCAAGAAAUCGCAACAGAUGCUAUGCGUGCUGAAAAGUGCUUUUUGAAGGCGCUAUCCGUGUCCCCGUCAAACGAACAGGCAGGUGUGGCUCUAAGUAAUAUGUACGAUGUGCAAGGUAUGUAUGAUAAAAAUGUGCAGCUGUGGAAGAGGGUGACACAAAAUCAGCAAAUUUCUCCUAGUUGGGCCCUUCUACGACUCGCUCAACACCUUGCAGAACAAGACGAUGAGUCUGCCGUGGACAAAAUACAUUUAGUUUUGCGCAGUGAUCCGAAAAAUGCUCGUUAUUGGGUGAUUUUAGCACAUAUCUAUCAGCACUUUGGCAAGCGAGUGUCCGCACAGAGAUCAUAUCUUAGGGCUAUCGAGCUAGGUGAAAAUAGCUGGUGUGUUCGUUGUGAGCUAGCUCGGAUUGAAGGAUCACUGCUGCUCUAUAAUAAUGCUUUAGAGCGUAUUAAACCGAUUGUAGCUGAAGAAUUACCAGACGAAGAUCCGAGCAAGACAGCAGCUGUCAUGAUUUACUCUGAUCUGCUUUUCCAGCAAGCAAAAUACUUGUGCUCGGAAGGAUUAUACGGGCAUGCUGCUCUUAAUUUGAAGGAGGCAUCACAUAUGAUGAAGGAGCUGCCGUCGAUGUCUUCAAAUUCAGAAUCUGUGGAAGCGUUCAAGCUAAUUGGUGACAUUCAUUGCUUUGCCUUCUUUUUGUCUCCAGAUAACUUUGCAAAUGACGGGAGUACGUGGGCUGAGUUCAUUAGCACUGGGCGGAAAGCAUAUGAAAAUGCUUUACAGCUUGAAAUAAAGACUAGAAACGAGACAAAUUGCUGUGACACGGUGAUAGGAGUGGUAGCAGAACGAUUUUACGACAUUGGUCUCAGUUACUGGUAUGAAGCUCAGGCUCUUAGCAAUACGCAAGGCAUUUCCACGUCUGCAUUUUCAUGUGGGGCGACGUCAAAUGUGUAUUUGUCGAUUGCGUCUUUAAAAGCGAAGGCGUUGGCAAACUUUAAGCUAGCUCUUCAAGAGGAUCCUUUGUGUUCGUUGGCUUGGAAUGGGUUGGCUCUGGUGUCAGAUACUCUGUUGGUGAAACAAUUCGCCUGGGCAAGAUCCAUUCAGAGUAAUCCUAGCAAUGACGCUACAUGGGCCAACUUAGGUAUGUUUUAUCUGUAUUGGACUGAUGCUGUUCCAUUGUCGGUGUCAUUGGCACAAAAAUCAUUUCUUCAGCUUCAAAGCAUCAACCCUAGUAACCCUUGUAUGUGGAACGGCUAUGCUAUGCUGGCUCGUCGCCAAGACAGCUGUAUCAUGCAACAAAGGAAGACAAUAGAAGCGUUUGACUGCACGUUGCAAACUGGAUUAGACUUGGAUGCUUUACUUGGGGUCAGUAUGGCAUUGCUUGAUUUUGGUAAUCAUUUGGAUGAAACGAUCACUCAGGCUCCAGAACACAGCAAUGAAGUAGUCUUGUUUUACCUUAAGAAGUAUCUUGAGCGAGAUCCAUUUUGUGGACGUGCUUGGCAUGCUCUUGGUGUAAUCCAGCAUCGACUGGGACUGUACACUGAAGCUUUGGCAUCUUACACACGCGCAGCUUCUUGCCCACUAACGUCGGAGGAAGUGGAAUGGAAUAAGUCAGUCGCAAAAUUGGGUCAGCUAUUCAGUAAUGCAAAAGACACUGAAGCAGAUGAAUUAUCACUUUUGCAAGAAAUGUCCGAACAACUUAGUUUAUUGUUAAAGGAACCAACACCGUUGAAAACGAUUAUGCAAGCGCAACUGUUGUACCGCCAGACCAGAGGAAGUGAGGCGCUAGAUCUACUUCAGGCUACGCUAAUGCUAGAGAACAUUCAGUCGAGUGAACUUGAAAUUGUUGCCGCUGUCGGUCUAUCGAUGGCGAGCUUGUUGAUGAUUGACUAUUUGACGAAGGAAAGUAAUCUCGUUAGGGUUUGUAAGAAACGUCUUUUGUACUCAAUUGAUCAAGCUUCAACUCUGGCCGCUCGUGAAUACGAAAAUUUGCGUGUGAUAGAGCUUUAUGAAAGGUGGGUAGGCAACGAUGAAGACCAUUUGACACGUCUGCGGGUAUUGCUGCAAGCAAGUGAUGGCGCCAACUCCUGUAAACUUUGGAUGCGACUGGUUUUGUCGUCAAUUGAUUCGAAGAGCUAUCAGGUAUCAAAAUUAUUGACAAACUACUUGCGGUCAUCUGUCAGAUCGAUGCCGUCUGACGCUUACGAGACCAUGGACCGCAUUUUUCUCGACGCGUUGACAAGUAUUAUUAAAGCUGGCCCAGCAGGAGCGAAGGUUUCGUGCCUAGAUGCCCAAAAGCUGGUUCGUGCUCAGCCUUGGAACACGACUGCUUUUGUCCUGGCUCUUUCAAGCGUUCUCAAGCGUAUAAACGUCCAACAAUCGCAAGUUGACGUUUUUCAUCAAUUGCUGCGCUUGUUGCAGGCCGGGCGUAUUUUGGCAAUCGGCAAAGAGUACGAAACAGCUCAGCUAGAUCUAUUGACAAGCUACUGCUACAUCAGACUCAAUGAGCCUAAUGAAGCAACUGCGUUUUCCAAUAAAGCAUUAAACCGAGUGAAAAUAGGAAAGAGAAAUGGUGAUAUAGCACAUUCAGUGGACACAGAUUUAUUGGAAGCACGCUUGCUCUCGAUUUCAAAUCGAGAGAAGGCAAUAAAAAAGUAUGUGGAUGUCAUUACCACCAUUUUAACUACUGUUGCACCUUCCUCAAAACGAUACAUUCCGAUACUUUUUGAGUUUGGCGGGCUUUACGAACAAUGGGAGCUCCUUGAUGGGGCCUUGAUAGUUUGGAAGCUUGUUGCCUCGUUGACGGCCACGAAAAUUACUGCGGGUGACGAUGACGUGAAUAACAAAAGUACUGAUUCGAGUAGCUUCAGCGAUAAUGCUGCUUGCUUCUUGUCAAAUUUGCGGCUAGCAAUUAUUCAUGGUAAAAAGGGCAAUUUAAAGCCUGCGCGCAGACAUAUCAAGGCGGCUGUAGCGCUUGCCGAAAUUAUGGCAGACUCAGACUCCUCCAUGGUUGCUGCAUUUGUGGAGAGCGUGCUAGCUUAA